AUGCCGCAGAGGGGUGGGUCAUCGAGCCUGAUGCGACCGUUCGUGGUGUUGGCACUGCCCGGAAUGUAUUUGCUGUACAAAUAUAACCAGUACCGACAGCAGCAAAUGGAGACCGCGCGACGCCGCUUCACUGAACGAGAGCUUAUGCAUCUCAACACAAAAAUAGACAAAUUGCUCAAUAAACUGGAGGAGAAUGAGCCCGAGCUAGCUACUUCACCGGAGGAAGAGUGCGUAAUAUGUGUGAACGCGAAGGCGACUAUGCAAACAUCGCCGUGCGGCCAUCGAGUGGUCUGCCGGCGGUGCUUCGUCAAAACCAUACAGAUGGCAGUCAGUCAACGGUUACUGCCGCUUCGUUGCGUCAUCUGUCGCGCCAAGAUCCUGCGGUUGCGGCAGGCACCGCGGCUAGUCACAAGCAAAAGCUGGCAGGUGUCGAGCGGCAGUGGCAAGUCAUGGGGCGUCCCAGGUUCAGUUUCCAGUUAUUCCGUGGGUGCUCGCUCCGUGCCGGCUUCCGCCUCACUUUACUCCGUCACCAGUGGCGAAUCGUCCCUCUCAGGAGUGUCUUCCGUAUCGUCAAACAGUGGAGGGAACGCCAUCAACGGGUGCUCGACGAAGCUGUGCGGAGGCGCCAAAUGUGGGGGAGCAUGUUUAGGAGCGGUUCCGCGGCCCUCGUCCACUUCCGCGCCCCCGCGACCUCGACAACCCGCCUCAAACUCGCUUCGGCGCUCACAGCAUCAUAGCAUGAAGGCUAGAUUGCAAGAGUACCAAGUGCACAGUUAUACGGGCGGACCAGCGACAGGAGAAACGUCAGGUCGACUGCCGCCCAUAAGGGAGUUCCAAAGAGAGUUCCGGGAAGGAAGACGGGAGAGUGCCGCUGCUGCCUCCGCUUCCACUAGGAUAAGGUGCGCCCAAAAAAUAGUUACACAACUAGAAACUUCACCACAAAAGAACAAACACUUUUUCCGACCACUAAAACCUUCAAAUAA